AGCAGCUCUAAAAUCACCAUGAUCCGUGCUUGCGUCCUUUUGGCUCUCGCCACCAGCGCUUUCGCUGGCUACGCCGGCUAUGGCCACGGCUAUGGCCUCGGCUACGGGGGCUACGGUCUUGGUUACGGGCUUGGCUAUGGCGGAUUCGGCUAUGGUCUUGGACACGGCGGCUUUGGCUAUGGCCUUGGCUUUUCCGGCUAUGCCCCAGCUCUUGCUACCGUCGCCCGCGCUGCCCCAGCCGUCGCCACUUACGCCGCUGCUCCAGCUGUGACCAAGGUCGCCACCACUUACCACGCCCCAGCUGUCACCGCCGUUGCUCACGCCCCAGUCGCCACCGCUGUCGCUGCUCCAGUCGCCACCUACGCUGCUGCCCCAGCCUUCGCCGCCUACCACGCCCCAGCUGUGACCACUGUGGCCCACGCCCCAGUCGCCACCGCUGUCGCCGCCCCAGUGGCCACCUACGCCGCUGCCUACCAUGCCCCAGCUGUGGCCACCGUCGCUCACGCCCCAGUCGCCACCUACGCCGCUGCCCCAGCUGUCGCCACCACCACCGUCCACCAUGCUCCAGCUGUGACCACCGUUGCUCACGCUGCCCCAGCUGUCGCUGCCUACCACGCUGCUCCAGUCUACGGCUAUGGCGUUGGCACCCUCGGCUACGGUGCUGGCCACUACGGUUAUGGCCACGGUCUCCUCGGCUAUGGCCUGAACUACGGCUACGGACUUGGCUCUCCCUUCCACUACGGCGCUCUUCUCCGCAAGAAGAAGUACCACGUGUCCACGACUUCAGGCAAGAAUUUUUCGUAUAUAAGGGCUCCAGAACCGAGCAAGUUUAGCAGUUGGCUCAGCAGCAGCUCUAAAGUCACCAUGAUCCGUGCUUGCGUCCUUUUGGCUCUCGCCACCAGCGCUUUCGCUGGCUACGCCGGUUAUGGCCACGGCUAUGGCCUCGGCUACAGCGGCUACGGUCUUGGUUACGGACUUGGCUAUGGCGGAUUCGGCUAUGGUCUUGGCCACGGCGGCUUUGGCUAUGGCCUUGGCUAUGCCGGCUAUGCCCCAGCUGUUGCGACCGUCGCCCACGCUGCCCCAGCCGUCGCCACUUACGCCGCUGCUCCAGCUGUGACCAAGGUCGCCACCACUUACCACGCCCCAGCUGUCACCGCCGUCGCUCACGCUCCAGUCGCCACCGCUGUCGCUGCUCCAGUCGCCACCUACGCUGCUGCCCCAGCCUUCGCCGCCUACCACGCCCCAGCUGUGACCACUGUGGCCCACGCCCCAGUCGCCACCGCUGUCGCCGCCCCAGUGGCCACCUACGCCGCUGCCUACCACGCCCCAGCUGUGACCACUGUGGCCCACGCCCCAGUCGCCACCGCUGUCGCCGCCCCAGUGGCCACCUACGCCGCUGCCUACCACGCCCCAGCUGUGACCACUGUGGCCCACGCCCCAGUCGCCACCGCUGUCGCUGCUCCAGUGGCCACCUACGCCGCUGCCUACCACGCCCCAGCUGUGGCCACCUACGCCGCUGCCCCAGCUGUCGCCACCACCACCGUCCACCAUGCUCCAGCUGUGACCACCGUUGCUCACGCUGCCCCAGCUGUCGCUGCCUACCACGCUGCUCCAGUCUACGGCUACGGUGUUGGCACCCUCGGCUACGGUGCUGGCCACUACGGUUACGGCCACGGUCUCCUCGGCUACGGUCUGAACUACGGCUACGGGCUUGGCUCUCCCUUCCACUACGGCGCUCUGCUCCGCAAGAAGAAGUAAACCAAUCAACUCUAAAUUAUUUGAAGGAGGAAAAGAAGGCAAAUCGUAAACACCCACUUCGGUGCCGCAACAGGCAUCAGCGAAGACUUUUAAGAUGGACGAAUAAAAUUUCUCCGCACUGCAA